AUGCAGAAUAUUCAUUGCCAGUUUAUCUUCAUGAUAAGUGUGUUAUGGAAAGCUCCCGGGGUUCACGCAAGGAAAGGUGUAAAGUGCGGGGGUGUACUCUCAGCACCGGUAGGACACCUGUCCAGCCCUAAUUUCCCAAAGGUGUACCCUCCAUACACUGAAUGCAGUUGGCUCAUUGUGGUGUCAGAAGGAUCCACGGUUCAGCUCAGCUUCCAUGAAUUCAAUCUCGAACACCAUGACACCUGCGAAUAUGACUACGUCAAGAUCUACAAUGGGGCGUCCAGGGAUGAAGGGAAUCUUUUGGGAACAUUUUGUGGUUCCCAGUUGCCUCCAAACAUGACAUCGUCCUGGCAUGUGCUAUCGGUCAUCUUCCAUUCAGACAAACAUGUGGGCAGCAGUGGAUUUUCGGCUACAUAUAGAAAGGAUAUCUGCGGAGGGGUCCUCACCAGCCUCUCUGGGGUAAUCACCAGUCCAGAUUAUCCUGACAACUACCCCAACAAUGCAGAGUGCCAUUGGCUGAUCAGCGCGGCUCCUCACGCCAAAAUCCGUCUAGUGUUCACCGACUUCCAGCUGGAGAGCCAGGAAUGUAACUAUGAUUAUGUGGCCGUCUUCGAUGGUUCUAGUCAGGAAGAAGAAGAACAAGUCCGCCAUUACUGUGGCACCACCAAACCUCCUGACACCACAUCAUCUUCCAAUGAGCUGCUGGUGGUCUUCAAAUCUGACUUUAACAUUGGAGGACGAGGUUUCAAGGCGCACUUUUCGUCAGGUGAGUGCCAGGAUGUGUUCACAGCGGUAAAAGGCAAUAUCACCAGCCCUCGAUAUCCGGAUAUGUACCCCAAUAACAUUAUUUGUCAGUGGAACAUACAGUUACCCCAAGGUUUUCGCAUUAAGCUGUUUUUCCGAGACCUUGAGCUGGAGGAGAUGAACGCUCUGACGGACGAGUGUGAUUAUGAUUACAUGGCGGUGUAUGACGGGCAGAGUACCAACGACAAACCUCUGGGCAGAUGGUGCGGGACGGACAUACCGGCGCCCCUGAUAUCCACCAAGAACAAUCUGCUGCUGGUGCUGGUCACUGACAGAGACACCGCCAAAAAGGGCUUCUAUGUGUCCUAUAUUGGAAUGGUUCCAAUUAACGUCAGCUGCACCCGCACAGACUUCCACAUCCAGAUCCCCAUUCAAUCUGUUCCCCAGUUAGAAAGGAGCCAUAUCUACCUGGGAACACCAACCUGCGCUGCGCAGUUAUCCGGAAGCAACUACAAGAUUUAUGCUCGUUUUGACACGUGCGGGACAGAGCCACAGAAAAGGAACAACACCUCGGUGAUCGUGAGCGUCCUUUAUGUGGACUUUUCUCUGGGUGCUCAAGAGGACGUCCAUGAGUAUGAGGUGCAAUGUGAACCCAAGAGGAAGGAGGCCUCGGUGCGCAUCUUAUCUGGUUCAGACCCGGCCCAGCUUAAUGGAAAAGCAGAGAACGUAGGACAUUCCGAACUUCCGGAGGCCGAAGCUUCAGAGAGCAGCGACCGCGGGCAAGAUAGCAGUGAUGUGGUGUUCAUCAGCAUCUGUAUACUGGCCGGGGUACUCAUGAUUAUUGCAGUGGUGGGACUGGUAUUAUUGUAACAGUGAACCCUGGUCUGUAUCCUAAAUAGUCACCAUGACUAUUACUACAACCCAACAAGAAGGCUAAUAGGCAGAAUGGUCCACUUUAGUGUUUCCUGACCAUGGGGUUUCUUGAGCCCCAACCAGGGGUUCCCAGAACAUAACAAUGAAAGGACCUGUCACUUAUACAAUAUAGAAGACAAACUCAUCAGCUUUGUAAAGCACUAGAUAUAUUUCAGACAGCACUGGAUUCGAAUUAUACGAGAACCCAUUACCUGCCUAUACAUACCUCUUUGAGGCAGGAAUGGC